AAGAACGUUCAAAACACACCAGUUCCAAUUUUUACCACUGCACUUAAUUAUGUUUCAGAAAAUACUUCUGAAGAAAGUGUAGAAAUAAGUGCACCAAGAUCUAAAAUAGCACAAAAAUUAGACUUUUAUAGAAAAAAAGCUGCAGUACCAAAUACGGUAAAAGCUAUACAAAACUGGAUGAAGAAGUUUAAUGAAUUUCAUUGUUCUUAUAAUUAUGUAAUACCAAUUGAAGCUAUUGAAGAUCCCUAUUUAAUAGAGCAACAAAUAUGUGAAUAUAUUGCACAAAUGUCCAAAAAAGAUAGAAGUGAAUACAAAGCUAAGACAAUUAAACAAGCUAUUGAUAGAAUAAAUAGAUUUAUUAGCAAAAAUAGUGCAAUUCAUAGUUUUAAUUUACAUGACAAGUAUCAGUUUCUAGACUUACAUGAUAUUUUAAAUAGUAAAAUGAAAGAUUUACAGGAAAAAGGAUUAGAAGAAAAGGAAAAAUCAAUAGCUUUAACGGCCCAACAAGUUAAAGAAAUUCUUA